UUCAAUUACAAUACGUUGUUUUGUCUCAGUCGGUGAGAAAAAUGUCAAAGCUUGUUGUUCUCCAGAACUAUUUUCUUUUGUGGAUAUAUUUAUUACAUAUCUGUUGCGACGUUGGCAGACACUUUGUCUCAGCCACAACAACGGACGGUUCACAUGGCCUUGAGGAAGUUACUUUCCCCCCAGUUUUUGUUCCAUCCAGCGAUCCUACUGUUCCAGCUGGACAUCUUCAAAUGUUUGGCCUACAGCGACGGCCAAACGGACCCGUGAUGGAGUACAACACAGUGCUAAAACCGCAACAGUUCUGGGAAACUCACGUUAGUCAAAACCGACCGCUCGUGUUCCGUCAGGCACUAGUUGAUUCACCAGCGCUGAAGAAAUGGACGGACGAAUACUUGAAGGAAAAGUACGGCGAUUUAGAUGUACUAACUGAACUAAAAACUGAGAACAGAACACACGGAAUGACUUCGCGUAUGUUGUUGGGAGAUUUUAUUGACGUUUACGCGGAUAAAAAUCUUUAUGUGGUCACAGUGUUACCAGAUCCAAUGAGGCAAGAUCUACCGGUGGGUUAAUGCUUUUUCCUUGCAAAAUGUGUUUGUGUCUUGAAAAGUGUUAACGAAUGAGCUCUCGUAGCCUGAAAAGCAUGCGUUUGGGCGUGAGUUAGUUGAAAAAAACUCACAACAAAUUCGCGCGGACGCGUGUAAGCAGGCCAGAGGUCGCUGUAAAUAUUAUUUUUUUUGCUUUCGUUGGAAAGUUCAAUAGAAGCCUGAAAAGCAUGCGUUUGGGCGUGAGUUAGUUGAAAAAAACUCACAACAAAUUCGCGCGGACGCGUGUAAGCAGGCCAGAGGUCGCUGUAAAUAUUAUUUUUUUUGCUUUCGUUGGAAAGUUCAAUAGAAACUGCAUUAUAUAUGUACGAAUAUAACGUAGAUAGGAUUAUUAUUUUAUUUUUUAUUAAAAAAUGCUGACUACCAUGAAUAAGAAAGAAGGACAAAAAACAAAGCGGAAAUUCAGUGGGAAAGUACGGCCAACUCGCCUGAGCGGUCUUGUCAAGGCAGUACGUUACACGGGAUGAUUUUUAGCGCAACACAGCGUGCAAUUAACAUAAAUGAAUUUCAACUUGACCUGAACUUCCGCACCAUCUGUACCCAGAGUGCCAGAGUAAACCUUGGACAGGGUUGAUUUGGAGGUGCCAGGGUACAUUACAUAACGGUAUGCCUGCUUUUAUAGGAUACUGAUCAGGCCCGAAAUUGGCCUACUUGUAGCCGCACUCUCACCCCACAAAGGAAAAACGGCAACUAACCCUAACCUUCAAAAGAUCAGUUUAAAUACUAGUAAGAAUUGAACGAGAGAGGGAUUUUGAAAGGUCCGAAUGAAAUGAUCAGACACCUAACCAAUACGUGUCCUCUCAACCCGCUUUACUAAAUAAAGACAACAUAAACUCUUCGCUUUCAUAAUUUUGUUGAUUUUGCCGCUGCAGAAAUAAGCCUGACCCACUCAGAGUGACUUGGUACCUUCUGACAACACCAGGCUAUGUGAAAGACAAAACUCUGAAUUGAUAUGAAAACGUUGUAAAUAAUAUUAUUUGAACAUUAGCCCCAGAAACUAAAGGUGAUAUUGGCCUGAGAGAAAAGCCGACAUUUCAUAGCACCACCACUGGACGGUUUCCCAUUCUCUCGGGCUAAUGAGAUAUUUACAUGACAGUUUUUUUCCACUGCACUCUACCUUUAUUUCCAUAUUGUUGUUUCCGCUGUUCAAGAGUACGCUUAACUCAAGACCACUUUUGCUUGUCUAACGUAUUCUGAAACGCGUAUAACUCAAGCUAGUGAAUCUUUAGUCAGUGAUGUCUUCCACAUGGAAUAUUCAGUGUUACCACAUCACAAGGAUCAUUUAAAAUCACAAUGGAAAACUUUUACUUGCAUUCUUACAAGUACUUCUUGAAUGGAAUGUUGCGUACUCUUGUGACACUAGAAAAUCCUAAGAUUCCUUUUGAUACGAAAUGGUUUAACUUAAUGUUUGGCACAUUAUAGACUACAUGUUUCCAAACAACCAGAGUCAAAAGUGACGCAAGAUUUUUCAGCCAAUGGUUUAGGGUCGUAAAACAAAGCAAAAGUAUACGUGAUCAGGAAGUAAUUUUAUACGUUCCACGCUCAAUAUAGGACCGUCCCAAAGGCCCUUUAAUUGAAACAGCGCAUGGAAAAACGUAUCGUAGAGGAGUCAGGCAUUCAUUUAAACCAAUCAGAGGCAAAAGUAAAUACUGGUAGCCGGCCCAAAAAGCGCGGGAAACCGCCUGCGACGUGGUCACGAUUGCUUUCGGGUGUUUCAUUGUGAUUGCUUUGUUAAAUGCGGUAGUUGGGUGACCUAGUUUGUAACUUUGUUCUUUUUAGGUGCUUCCCUGCAUCAUGUGUGGCACUUUUAAAGACUUCUUACAUGAGCUAAACUUCUGGAUGAGCUCAGGAGGAACGCGUUCCGUUAUUCAUUUUGAUGCAGACCAUAAUGUUCAUUGUCUGAUCGCGGGCCGGAAAGACUUUAUGAUGAUUAAUCAGGAGUUUUCUAAAUAUCUGAAUGUCACGCAGGUAAGAGUUAGACCAUGAAUUAACAACUUUAAUUGUGCAUCGCUAUUUUGACAAAAGUCUCAGCCCUGUUUUCUUAACCUAUUAAAUUGCUUUCUUCCAGUGCAGCUAAUGAAGUGAAAGAAAGCAAUUUAAUUGGUUUAGCGAAGUGAACUGAACCUUACCGUUAGAUCCGGUUUCCGGCUAUGUUCAAGUUAAAAGCGGUGUACCAAAACUGAGGACAUAAUUGGUGGCUCCGACUGGGUAACUUCUUUUGCACUUUGAACAAAAAAUCCCGAUUUUUAAAAGAAAGUUAGAUGUUAUAGUGGUCUGUUGUUUAAGAUUUUCAAGAACUAUAUUCUGUACAGUUUUACAUUGCCCGGGUCUCUUAUAUUUUUAAAAUUUUGAUGAGUUUCAGCCUCGACGCUCUGAUAAAAAAUUGUACAAAUUGCGGACUGCACUUUCAAACUUAGCGAAAUAGUGCACAUCUACACGAGCAACAAGCAACGUUUUCUUCUUAUCUUUUCAGCCUCCACAGUUUGGUUCAGGUUUCUCUAUCGCGAAUCCAGAUGCGAUUGACUUAAAUCUUUUUCCGGAUAUUUCAAAAGUGGAAUGGACUUACAGCACUUUAGGUCCAGGUGACUGUAUCUACAUUCCCUCAGGUAAGUAUGCAUUAUUUAGUCUCAACUGUGUUUUCCUUUCAGUUUCGUUAUUAAACUGACACCAAAGUUUUUACCCUACUCUGUCCAGUCAGACUCAAAAUUCUGACCAGAGUCCGGCUUCUUGCCGUAUUAUAAAAAUGAUGUACGAUAGUCAGUGUUUAAAAACAUAGCAAUGCAAUUUUGUCGGCAGCAUUCUGUAUACCAGAGGGCGCGCGAAUUCGUCGAACAGAAGGAUUUAACGCAAUUGCCAUUUUUCAUAUUAAGAAAAUAAAGCCAAUAUACCUCAUACGUUUCUAGGGCAUAUUUGCCAUUUAGUAGGUGUUUUUUGUUGUUGUGAAAGCUGUUGUUGUUUAGGUAUGUUGUUAUGAAGGUAUUAGUUAGUUUCUUUCCAGUAGUUUUUGAUCGCUCCCCGCGUCCGCAUGCGCAAGCACCAACAGUUCCCGAUUUAAUCAGGUCUCCUCGAUUUUAUUCUCUUUUGAGGAGCGUACCUUUCACAGCCAGUUUAUAAAACCAAAUGUUGUUGGAAGGUGAUAACAAGACCACAUCUUGUUGCUACAAGAAAAUUUGUAUGAAUUUAACUCUCACUUUAUAAUGGUGGUACAGUAAACACUCGCUAAUAAGAACCUCCUUUUUGAGAAAAAAGCAAAAUAGGUUCUUUUAUUUUGGGUUACUUAUCGGCGAUUUAGGCUAAGUAGGUUCUUAAUUUGGUUCUUAAUUUUUAUGAAGGAGAUAACAGAUUGUCGAUUACCUAGAAAAAUAAAUAUGUUUUAUUUAUUCACAAUUUUAUUAUUUUAACCCUAACGAGACUGAUUACCACAUUUAUAUACAGUUAACUACAAUAUGUUCUUGUUAUACUUAAAGCAAUUCAAAGUUACACUCCUUGGUUAAAUUAUUUUUGUUUUUUAUCAAAAUGACCCACAUAUAAGAACCUGCUUGAUCUUGCUGGGCUAAACAGAUUCUUGUAUUUUUGGGUACAAAGUGUGGCAGGUUUCGGCCAGGAGGUUCUAAAUCCACAGGUUCUAAUUAGCAGGUGUUAACUGUACCACGCAAGGAAGGAGUUUCUUUCCCGUGUUAAGUUAUUACAGGUGUGUAAUUUGAAAUUUCUGCCAUUUUACUGUCAGGCUAUAUACACCAAGUGCGCUCAUAUAAAGGCAACCGAACUAUUUCCGCUACAAUGCUCUUUACGGCUUCGAUAGACAACAGUUUCGAUAACAGCAGCUGCGAGAAUGAGACCUACGAGUACCGUCCUCUCAGCGAAGCUAACGUGCAUUGGACAUACAAGAAAGGAGACAAGACUAUUGAUAUGGGCUAUCAAAAUGUUGAGACGUUCAGGCAGAGUAUACUGGCCUCGUUUGAAGUGAGUAGCCAUCAUACAGAGCAGUUAGGGACGGACCAUUAGAAGACUUAUGGGGGGAGGGGGCGGGCGAAGUACAAAAAAAAUAUUCGCGCAAGGGAAAAUUAAGUGAAAAAAAAAUUCUUGCUUGCCGGUUAAUCCCAAAAAAAUAUUCAUGCUAUGGCCUAGAAAAAAUUCAAACAAGGAAUUUGAUAACGAAAAAAGAUUCCUGCGCCUCGAAAAUUCCCCUCCGGCUACAAGUACCGUAGAUCCUCUAUUAAGCCCCCUCUCUAAAAAGCCCCCUUUUUUUAGGGGAAGAAAGUUAAUAAGCCCCCUUCUCUUUUAAGCCCCCCCCUCCCCUCCUCUCCUCCCCCUUGUUGCUAUUCACCUUAUUUACUAUCUGACAUAAUUAGAAAAUGCUGACAUUCUGAAACACACCUGACUAAGUCCUACCAAAUAAAUGGUCGACCUUCUACAGAUUUGGUUUUGAUCCCCGGCCGUAUGACCUCCAACCGUUGUACUUGAGCUUCUCUGCCACUUUGCAUUCUAGUUUUUUUUUAUGGAGAACUGACACCAUGAUCUUUGCUAAGUUAACUUAGCCCUCCCCCGUCUCUAUUAAGCUCCCCCUUCAAAUGUGUUUGAAAUAAAUAGCCCCGGGGGGGCUUAACAGAGGAUUUACGGUAGCUUUAAUUUCCACAGAAUGAAAAGUUCCUGACUGAGGAGCGAUUUAAAGAAAUCAUAGAGGACAUGUUUGAAAUGGACGAACACGAUUUACAAGCGAUACAAAGAGACACGAAUAAAAUCUACCGUAAGCUCCUGGACCCAAGUGGCAAAGGCUACGUUACUCGGGAAGAAAUCAAAGCUCUUUCGCAGGACGCUUUGAAGGAGAUAGCUCGGCGUACGGAACCCCCUCACGGUCCUGUCGCCGGAGCUCCUGACGACAGAGGUGGUGCGUACAAGGCCAGUUUGGAGAAAGAUGCUGACCAAUAUGAGCAAGAAAUUGAGGUUGAAGGAAGGGACGAAUUAUAGAGAAUAGUAUCUUAAAAUGUAAAAAUAAUUGCAAUAGCAUAAAAAGCAACCAAGACACCUUAGACCUAGGCCAAACGUCGAACUUUUCAUGAGACGAACCAAUCUUACUGACGUGAGUUAAGUUCAUGAAAAUUUUUGAUGUCUGGCUCAGUUAAGGUCAUCUUGAUGAGUUUGGAUCGUCCAACACGUUAUAUUCGUCUGUUUCAGACGGAUAGAACGUCUAAAGAUCGUCUCCGCACAAACGUCAAUCUUCACAUCAGUGUCACAUGCGAUGAACUAAACUAACAAAUUAAAAAUUUGUAUGAUCAUGUAUAUUUAACUUCUUUCUGGAGAAAAUUUGUUACUGAACCAACUGAACGGAUGCUGGCCGGCUAAAAUUGCUUUGUCGGUCAGAUUAAGUUGAUUGGUUCGACGCGUCCUAGGUUCGACGUCUGACCCAACAGACGAUCUUAACUUAAUUUAGGUCGACCAAAAUUAGAGUUGGUUCGUCUCAUGAAAAGUUCGACGUUUCGCCUAGGCCUUACUUAACGUCGAUGCUAGUCUUAGCAUAGGCAAAUAACACACGCGUGCAGGGCGAUGUUACUAUGUAACGUCAAGAGCCGUAUUAUGGCUCUUGGUAACGUUUCGUGCCAAAAACCUCCUCUUAGGAUGGAAUUUUCGUGGAUUUCCGUAUUGCCAAAGUCUCUCUUUCAAAGCGACGGUAAGUGCGAGGCCAUUGAUAUUAGCCUGUGUACAGACGCCCCCUCCCCUCCCAACCUGCCUCCUUCCGAUCAAAAAACCCCCCUUUGGGAGAGAAUUUUCGGAGGUUUCCGUUUUGCCAAAUCCCCCUUUUCAAAAGAGCGGUAAGGGGGGGGCCAUUGAAAUAGACCGGUGUACAGACCCCCCCCCCCCCCCCAAAAAAAAAAAAAAAAAAACGGGGACUCCCAUUUUUUCUGGGGGGGGGGGGGGGGGGGGGGCGUCUGUACGCAGGCUAAUUGAUAUGAUUCUCAUGCAAAUAACACUUUUUUGCACUUAACCUCGUUUUGGAGGCGAGAGUUUAUGGAACUCGAAAAUGGCGGUCUAUUUUCGUGAAUUUUGAUCCCUUAUUAAUGUGCCACGAGAAAAGAAACCCAGCCUGCGAACGCAGACGUAUUUCGGGUCGUCGCUUUUCUCUACCCGAAAAGUUACUUUCCGGGUGAAGAGAAGCGACGCGUUCGCAGGCUAAAAGAAACCACUGCGAAAAGUAACUGUUUUCAUUUAAUGCUGUUUUAAAGAGUAUGGUUUUUAAGUUGUAAAAUGUUAAAUCUGGUUUCGAUAUCACCUUUAUGAAAAAGGAAACUGAAAGUUUUUUCUGCCAAAGAAAACACAAUUAUAUCAUUGAAACCGGGGACUUGUUCCCAAUAUUUAAUAAUUCGCGAAAAUUUGUUCAUACUUAACGCAAAAAAGGAUCAGUAAUCCACGAAAUUAAACUCCCGCAAAAAUUUAACGCCACACGGUAUUUUGUAUUUAAAAUAAUUACAUGAAAUUGAAAUAAUAAAAAUAU